AUGUUACGACAUCUCAGAGCGCCGCGGUUUUCAUCCCUGUCUCGCCGUUAUUUCUCUUCAAUCCCUUCAACGUCCAAAACGGAAAGCAACGAGUUGAACAAAACUAUUUCUGAUGGCGUCGCUCACGUAACAUCCGUCAACGUAUUGACAAACGAAAGGUCUAUAGUGCAGCUUGAACUGUCGCGAGAUUUGUCCAGAAAGUUCAGGAGGGAAUAUGCGCUUCCCGAGCAGGCAAUAUCAGGAUUACGGAAUGCUCUAAUUACUUGUGAGCGGUCUCCGAAGCAGAUUCAGAAUGAAGCGGACCAGUUAUCCGACGUCUUAUCGCAGCGAAGAUUCCCUGCUACAGCUUCUGUUGUGCGAGAGGUACGAAAUGCGGUCAAGGCUAUGUUGAUGGAGAAGAAAGACGAGGAAGAAAUGGGUGACCUUCUGAAAGAAAAACUUAAAUCUCGUAUAGACUACAAAGAACGACAUCAAGUCGAUAAAAUCCUCAAAAAAGCCAAUUACAACUGGAGGCCCCUUGCAAUAGAAUCGAAGGAGGCUGCUGCUGCCUAUGCUCUGUCUCGCUGCAGUAAAGAAACUGCAUGUUAUCCAUCACUUGCUCUGACUCAACUGGCAAUGGAUAUCAUGAUGGGUUAUAAGGGAAUCAGUGGUUUCUUAAGAUCUCGGCUUGAAACUAUUGCAUCGCUGUGGAAGAGGACAAAACGGUUUCUGGUACUCAUCGAGUCUGGAUUGGGAAGCGCAUUUGAAGCGUUGAUGGAAGCUCGUGACUUCCUCUUGUUAUCCGGCAUACAACUGCACCUACAAGACACGACAUCUCUGCUAGAAGAACACAAUUUGAUGACUGAUCAAAUCAAAGAAGUUCUUCAUAACAGGAAUGUCAGCGACUUAGAGCGCUUCACGAUUGUGCGCGAUAUGGUUCCUUCUGAAUUGGAUUUGCCCACAGCUCUGCCUCCUGCUACCGUGUACGCUCCUUGCCCACACGAUUUAGGAUGUCCAUUGCUCAAAUCCAAACAGUCUUGUACUAUCCCCGUUCGGUGGCGAGUCAUUCGAGCGGAUGGCAAGCGUUCGCGAAAUGAGCUAUCGGGCACUGAGUAUAUAUUAAGAUUGGCUCCCAACUAUGCAGAAAUAGCAAGAGUGUUAGAUGAGUUUCAAGGAAACGAUUUUUCUCCCACCAGUGUACUGGAUUAUGGUUGCGGUAUUGGCGCAGGCUUUUGGGCUGUAAAUGAACGUUUCGGAGCUGCAGUAAAAGAAUACUGCAUGGUUGAUCCAUCACUUGCUCUGACUCAACUGGCAAUGGAUAUCAUGAGGGAUCAAAAUGGAAAUCUUCUGCAUCACAACUUGAAUUUUCGUAGACACCUUGUACCUUCACUUCGGACAAAAUAUGAUCUUGUGGUUGCUCAUAGAACUCUCUGUGAAUUGGGAUCACGAGAAUCUCGGCUUGAAACUAUUGCAUCGCUGUGGAAGAGGACAAAACGGUUUCUGGUACUCAUCGAGUCUGGAUUGGGAAGCGCAUUUGAAGCGUUGAUGGAAGCUCGUGACUUCCUCUUGUUAUCCGGCAUACAACUGCACCUACAAGACACGACAUCUCUGCUAGAAGAACACAAUUUGAUGACUGAUCAAAUCAAAGAAGUUCUUCAUAACAGGAAUGUCAGCGACUUAGAGCGCUUCACGAUUGUGCGCGAUAUGGUUCCUUCUGAGUUGGAUUUGCCCACAGCUCUGCCUCCUGCUACCGUGUACGCUCCUUGCCCACACGAUUUAGGAUGUCCAUUGCUCAAAUCCAAACAGUCUUGUACUAUCCCCGUUCGGUGGCGAGUCAUUCGAGCGGAUGGCAAGCGUUCGCGAAAUGAGCUAUCGGGCACUGAGGUUGGGAAGUUGUCUUACGUCGUAUUGGAAAAAGGCGUACGAGCUUCUCAAGACACCAUUUCCAGAAUACUCAAGAUACGACCGGCAGAUGGCCACGUGACCUGUGAUUUGUGUACCGCAUUCAAGGGAAUUCAAAGAGUAACACUCUCUCGCAGAGCCGGCGUCCUCUACCAACGGACUCGAACACGUCGAGAUGGCGAACUGUUUCCUCUUCAGAUGAAGACCGUAACUACGGAAAACAUGUUCGACCUAUCCGCCUCAAUUGAUAAUGACGAGAACACGGAGAGCUAG